CAAUGUAGGGCGGGUCAAGGCUGGGAUCCUGGCUGAAGUUUUCACAGAAGUCGGGUGGUUCUGGUGGAGUAGCACGCUGUGACAUAUUGGUCUGUCCACGACGGCCAUGGCGGCCACAUGUCAGGCAAUCAGCUCGACGACGUCAUUGCACUGGGGCGACGUCCUCACCAUUGUUCUCUACUUCGUCGUCGUUCUCAUCGUGGGGAUAUGGGCGACACUCAGAGCAAGCAAGACCAGCGCGGCGGGAUAUUUUUUGGCGGGAAAGAGCAUGACCUUCUUUCCGAUCGGCGCCUCCAUCUUUGCCAGUAAUAUCGGCGCUCCUAUAUUUGUGGGCCUGGCCGGGACAGCAGCGGCUUCUGGGAUUGGCGGGAUGAUAUUUGAGUGGCAUGCAAUCCCGUUCAUAUUGAUGCUGUCCUGGGUGUUUGUACCCGUCCUCACAGCGUCAGGGGUGUAUACGAUGCCCGAAUACCUGAAGAAGCGAUAUGGCGGGAAGAGGUUACGAACCUACAUAUCUGUCCUGUCCAUUAUUCUCUACAUCAUCACCAAAAUAUCGGUGGAGAUGUACGCGGGCGCGGUUUUCGUGCAGCUGCUGCUCGGGUGGAGUAUGUACGCCUCGGGCAUCCUCGUGCUCGUCUUCUCCGCCGUCUUCACCAUGACAGGUGGCCUCACUGCUGUCAUCUUCACGGACACACUCCAGACGAUCGUUCUCAUUGGCGGGGCGUUCGUCUUGCUGUUUAAAGGAAUAUCCGAGGUAGGCGGAUAUGACCAGAUCCGGCCCAAGUACAUGCACGCCUUGUCGAACACCACUAAACAUGGAAACACGACGUGCGGCUACCCGCGGGAAGACUCGUUCAGCCUGCUGCGCGACCCCUUCACCUCGGACUACCCCUGGCCAGGCACACUCAUCUUCAACAUCCCCAGCGACAUCUGGUUCUGGUGCUCCGACCAGAUCAUGGUGCAGCGAUCGCUUUCAGCCAAGAGUUUGACUCACGCCAAGGGCGGAUCCAUUGUCGCAGGGUACCUCAAGAUUCUCCCCUACUGGCUCUUUGUUAUUCCUGGCAUGAUAGCAAGAAUUAUGUUUCCGGAUGAAGUUGCGUGCUCAGACCCGGAAGUGUGUAAGUGUAUCUGCGAGAAUCCAGCCGGCUGCUCCAACAUCGCUUACCCGUUACUGGUUCUGAGAAUACUGUCACCAGGACUGCGCGGCCUGAUGCUGGCGGCGCUGUUCGCCGCGGUGAUGAGCACGCUGACGUCGGUCUUCAACAGCGCCAGCAGCAUCUUCACCAUGGACCUGUGGCGCAAGUUCCGCUCGCACGCGCCGGACUGGGAGCUCCUCAUUGUCGGCAGGGUGGUGGUGGUGGUUCUGGUGGGGCUUGCCGUUGUGUGGAUUCCUAUCAUGCAGGCCGCCCAGGGCGAUCAGCUGUGGCAGUACUGGCAGAUGCUGAUGUCGGCGGUGGGGCCGCCCUGGGCCAUGGUCUUCCUCAUGGGAUUCUUCUGGAAGAGGACCACAGAACCCGCAGCCUUUUUUGGACUUAUAGCCGGACAGCUGUUGGGAUUUUCAAGACUGAUAUUGGCGUUCAUUUACCCAACGCCACCCUGUGGAGAUGUUGAUGAUCGACCUUACUUUCUCAAAAUACACUUCCUGUAUAUCGCUGCCAUGGAGACAGCUGUUUCCGGGGCCUCCAUGAUAUGUAUCAGCUUAUUUACUAAACCACGAACAAAAUCCAAGCUACACCGAGUGACGUGGUGGACAAGGCACGACGAGAAGCAACCCGAGUUAUCUGACGACGAGGACAAGGAUGACGUCACACAUGACACACCUGACCAAGAGCCAUCCAAGUUGAAGCACCGAUUCGAAGUGUGCUGCGGAAUUAAAGAACAGAAGAUGUCGACUCUUUCCAAGGAAGAACGUCUAGCACUACAAGUGAAAAUGACGUCAAUAAAAGAAAAUCCAAAAUGGCGACUUAUCCUCAAUAUGAAUGCCAUAAUACUGAUGGGAAUAACCGCCUUUAUCAUCGGCUUUUAUCAUUAGAACUAUAUGUAUAUAGGCCCUACAUAACAGACCAUCAUAGACAGAUUUAGAUUUAGGAAAAUAAAUUCAUUGUUUUGCA